CCCAUGAAGUUUAGGCUGUUAUAAACGCACUGCUACGGAUCGGGAAAUCGUCGGAAUCGAUAAAGCAAGAAUACGAAAGCGAGAAUCGAAAAACACAGACACACGAUUUACGUGGUUCACUAACACGAUGUGUGUUAGCUACGUCCACGGGCGAGAGAGAGCCAGUUUCACUAUAUCGAGAAGAUUACAGAUUACAGAGGAGUAUGAGAAGUAUUUAUAGUACUUCUCCACGUGGGUCUAAACCUAAUCCAAUCUGGGAAAGGAAACGGUUACAGCGAGACCCCCGAUUACCAGUCGUAGCGGCUGAUAGUCCGAUUCAAGUCACAUCAACAUAGGCCCGCACGGCCAUAAAUUAUUCGUGCUCGUAUCGGGCUGGCCCAUUUAUUUUGUGCCCGUGCUCGUGCUUUGUUAUAACCGUACCGUGACGUGCUAGCCUAUAGGCGGCCCGAUCCGGUGCCACGUACAAUCUAACCCAAAAAGAAAGAAAGCGCCAUUACCUAAAUUACUAAAUUAGGCUCGAAGAGAGUGGAAGUGUGGGCACGUUAGGAUAUGUUAGGAUUAAUUAAUUAAUGGGGGAUUAAUUAUUGAAUGAUUUGUUUUUUCAUUAGUCAGGAAAUAAUCAGGAUUCAGUUCAGAUCUAGGAUUGGAUAAAAACGGAAAGGACCAAACAGCUUCGUCGGAUAAGCGCGUGACAGGCCGGAAAAAAACAAAGAAGAGAACAAGGAGGGUAACUUUGGGCCAACGAUGUCACGGAGAUGCUAACUGGGCCUGGACCCUUUGAGCGAAGGGAACAAACAAUUUUCCUUGAAGGGAAAAUUGGUACCCUAUUGCAGGAGAUAUUUUUACUCUUGGAUGGGAUGGAUGUGGUUGAUAUUCAGUUCAUUGGUAGAAUUCGUAACAGAGCGGCUCAUUGUGUAGCCCGUUAUGCUCUGCUUUUGUCGCCUCAAUUGUUUGCGAGGUUCGACUUCUGUUCUUGGCUUCGUUUUAGGGGAAUAUAACCCCUUUAGUCCCCAUGUAUCUAAACGAUUUUCUCUUCUGAAGAGUAAUCUAAUGGAAAAAAAAAAUUUCCUUGAAGGGUGACAUGGUGAUGGAUGGUAGUCCAGAUUCCAGUGACCAGCGGGGAGGUGUCUUUGCACCUCGGAUAGAAUCCACGUCUAAGGUAUCCUUUGCUUUGUCAACCCGUGGGUUGACCCGCGGGUCGACCCACUUUGACCCUGGCCCGGUGAGAAAAACAGGCCAUACGCACCCGUCGGGCCGACCGCUACAAGGUACUGGGUUGGAGGUCAAAUUGUGUCAUUUUUUUCUUUGGUUUGCAAAAUGCGCCUAUUUUCUGAUUUUUCUUUUCGUCUAACUCAAUCUUUGAAAUCCUAAGUUGAACAUUUGAAUAUUAAUGUUAUAUAAGUGUGUGUGAAUUUUCACUAUAUGUUGGAUCUAAGUACGAUAUGUUAUUUUGGUGUAAUAUUAUAUGUUAUAAGUCAUAUGUUAGAUAAGAUUUGAUAUAAUUUAUGAGGAUAAGUACAAUAUAAUGACUUUUUCUAUAUUUCCGGGCCGAACCGGGCUAAAACGGUUGACCCAUUAACCCUUGACCCACUAGCUCGACCGGGUCCGGGUCAACCCGCGGGUUGACAACCUUGCUUGUGAUUGUUUGAUUAUUUUAGGUGACAUUGUUAGAAUGAUUGUAUUAUUUAUGAUUAGGAAUGACAAUGUGGUAGAUCGGACGUGUAUAUUAAUACUCAUAUUUACCUCGUGAUAAGUUGGGUUCAUAUUUGAUAAGUUAUUAUAGGGCGCGGGUCAGGACAGGUGGAUCAAUAUGCGCAUGUGAUUUAAAGGGAAAACAUUAGAAAUAUUCAUUCUUUUCAUUAGAAAGUCAAGAAACAAACUAUUACAUGAUAAAUGUAGUUAACUAAUUCAAUAGAUUGAGAGUUUCAUCUAUUUACAACUUCAGUACAGCUAAAAUAUGAGACAAUCAGAGUAAAAUGCUAAAUAAUUUAAGAAAAUUACAUAUAAUUUAGAGGAAAAAACGAGUUGAGAAUAGUACGCAUUCCCAAUCCGCUUACGAUGCGGAUAUUACCGCCCAAUUCUAAACAAUGACAAAUUCACAAAAUACUUCGGGGUCGUUUGGAUGGAUCAAUUUAGAAAUGAGUCAAUUUGAUCAAUUGUCUCGUUUUAUAAACGAGUCAAUUCGAAUUAUCUACCCCGCCCCAGGUAAUUGAAAUUGACUCAAAACGGAUCAAUUCAAAAUACCUCAGGCAGAUUGAUCCAUCCAAAUUUUUUGCUGGCAAACGAGACAAUUUGAUACAAUUGUCUCAAAACGAAACAUUUGUGUCAAAUUAAUCCGUUACAAUUCCUUGUCCAAACGAACUCUCGAUUUAACAAUCCGACACCACAUCUAUUUUGCUAAGAAUGUAUUGUGGUCGAGAGUUGUUGCAGAAGAUGUUUGUAGCUACUAGCUAUGGUGGCCCAGCCGCCCAGGCGGCCUCCUCAGUUUGUUUGCCAAUCAAUCGAGAGCGAGGGACGUCGCAAUCUUGGAAAAGUCUAAGGAGACAUGGCCGGCGGCGAUAAUCCAACGACCACAGAUAAGGAAGGAAGAACAGGGUCCAAUCCAUCCAUGAGUUAACCACGAUUCCAUUCUAUCAUUCUUACCAUCAUCAUCAACUCUUUAUCUUCCAUUCCCAAAUUCCAAUGGAGAAAUCGAACUCCAAUGGCGGCGCCCUUUGCCAUCAUCUCCUCGUCAUCUUCCUCCUCUGCUUCAGCUCAUCCUCCUCCUCAGCCGCUGAGACCCAAUUCUUCGUCAACUGUGGGUCAACGACCGCAGUCAAUGCUGAUGACGGCAGAGUCUUCGCCGCCGACCAACCUCCCGAAAUUUUCAAGCUCGACGGCGGUAGCCAAAUACUAUCAGAUCCAGCAAAUGCUACGGCUUCUUCUCUGUACAAAACAGCGAGAGAAUUCACGAGACGGAGCGGGUACGAUUUCCCCGUCCCUGAAAACACCUCCUUCCUCCUCCUCCGGCUCCAUUUCGCCGCCUUCAACCCCCGCCUCUCCGCCGCCCGAUUCGACGUCCACGCUUCCAAUUUCAUCCUCCUCAGCAACUUCACCGCCGCCAACUCCACCGCCGGUGCCCCGCUCAUCUCCGAGUUCUACCUCCCCGCUGCUUCCCGCAAUCGACUCAGAAUCCGCUUCAUCCCCUCCUCCGAUUCGUUGGCCUUCGUCAGCGCCAUCGAGCUCCUUCCCCUCUCAUCCAGCUUCUUCGCCGACAAUCGGAGCGCGGCGGUCCCUCCCGGCGGGGGCAGCCGCCCUGCUGAUGGGUUCUUCGGGUUCCCAUCCAGCGCUCUCCGCACCGUUCACAGGGUCGACAUCGGAGGAGGAGGUCGCGGUGGAGAAAUCCCCAACGACUCGCUCUUCCGGCCAUGGGGGCCGGACGAGGAAUUCUACGCGACCCCUUCCCUCGGCAACGAGAGCGACACCGCCACCAUUCCUUCCAGCGCCGCCGACGGGAUUCGAGAUCUCGCCGCCUCGGAACCCGCACUGGGAAGUUGCAGGUACGAGAGGGUCGCCAACGGCGGGGAGAGGCCGGCGAACCUAACCUGGAGAUUCCAAGUGAAGAAGAACACCAGACAAUUUCUCCGCCUCUACUUCCUAAACUGCGUCAACGACGCCGCCAUCAGAGAUUUCAAUCUCUACAUCAACACCAAUUUCCCAGCCACGGUUGAUACCUUUCUCUAUAUAGGAGAAUUCGUGGCGGAUUCCGAUGAAUCUGGGUUCUUCGAAAUCAGCAUCAGCCCUUCCCCGGCCGUCGAGAAUGGAGUCGCCACAGCCGCCUAUCUCAACGCUCUCGAAAUCAUGGAGUUUCUCCCCAAAACACCAGCCAACGAAACGGACGACGGAGGAAACCACUCUAAUCAUCACCGAAGGAAUAUCGCCAUCUGGCUGUCCGCCGCCGCCGCCGCCGCUGCGGUGGUUUUGAUUUCGGUAAUCGCGUUCCUAUUGAAGAGGAACAAGAAGAACAACAACAAGGGUACCAAUUCCGUAAAGAAUUCAGCCACCGGGGAGAAGAAAUCUCACAGCUGGAUUACCGUCCACACGGAUAACACCACCACCCAGGGCUCCCCUCUGCCGGAGCUGAAUCUCAAGCUCAAGAUGCCAUUGUCGGAAAUCCUCGCCGUGACGGAGAAUUUCAACCCGAAACUUCUAAUCGGAGCCGGCGGGUUCGGGAAAGUAUACGAAGGCAAGCUCGCAAACGGAGUGACAGUCGCGGUGAAGAGAAGCGAAUCGGGUCACGGGCAAGGCCGACCCGAAUUUCAAACAGAGGUUUUAGUCCUCUCCAAGAUCCGCCACCGCCACCUCGUCUCCUUAAUCGGGUACUGCGACGACGGCGCCGAGAUGAUCCUCGUCUACGAGUUCAUGAAAAACGGAACCCUCAGAGACCAUCUCUACAGAUCCGACGAUGAUGAUUCCAGUUCUUCUCCUCCCUCCUCCGUGGCUUCCACCACCACGCUGAAUUGGAAGCAGAGGCUCGAGAUCUGCAUCGGGUCGGCCAAAGGCCUGCACUACCUUCACACCGGAUCCGACGGGGGGAUUAUUCACAGGGACGUCAAGUCGACGAACAUCCUGCUCGACGAGAAUUUCGUCGCGAAGGUGGCCGAUUUCGGGCUCUCUCAGGCGGGUCUACCCGACCCGGACCACCACAGCAUGGCGCUGAAAGGGAGCUUCGGGUACCUCGACCCGGAAUUCUUCCGGACGUUUCAGCUGACCGAUAAAUCGGACGUUUACUCUUUUGGGGUUGUCUUGCUGGAGGUGGUCUGCGCGAGGCCGGCGAUUGUGAGCUCGACGGCGGCAAGGAGGGAGGAAAUCAAUUUGGCGGAGUGGGGGAUGGCGUGGCAGAAGAAGGGCGAGAUUGAGAAGAUCGUGGACCCUUCGAUUUUGGGGGAAGUGAACCCGAGCUCGCUGCGGAAGUUCGCUGAAGUCGCCGAGAAAUGUUUGAGGCCCGACGGGGUCGAUCGGCCGACGAUGCUGGAUGUUUGCUGGGAUCUGGAGUAUGCGCUGCAGUUGCAGCAGGGUACUCCGGCGCGUAGAGAGCCGUCGGAGGAUAGUAUGAUGGAUGAUGCUUCGUCGAACAUUUUGAGGCCGAUUGUUAGUGGUUUCCGGGAUACUAGCUUCAUCGUCGGUGAGGAAGACGACGACGACGAUGAUGAUGAUGAGAUGUCGGCUGGAGAUGAUUCUGCCGGCGAUGUGGAUGCGACGGCGACGGAUAGUGGUAGCGUGUUUUCACUACAUAGGGUUGAUGGUGCUAGGUGAGCUGGCGGUGCGUUGGGCCUAAAUAAUUACGGGAGUUUUUGCUGGGCCUGGAUCCAACGUAAGAAUGGAUUAUUUCUUUUUCUUGGAGUGGUUGGCCCAAUAGUGGUAGGCUCAGUAAGCCCCUUGCGCCAUCUUGGCCAAAAAAUAGAGUAAGAAUGAAUCUCUCAUGAUUCUCAUGAUGAAUGUAUUUUGGAAACCUUUCUAAAAUAAAAAAGCACAUCAUGAAAUUUAAUUUAUGUUUUUACACUCACGUUGGAUCUACUUUAGAUGAAUUUCUGACUAUACCACUUGUAAAAUUAUCGGACUUUUGAGACUUGAAUGGUUAAUAACAAGGUUUGGUGCUUUGGUUUGUAUUUCUCUUGAAAAAAAAAAAACUAAAGGAGUUAGUAAGGUCUGUUAUCAAGCUAUAGUCCCUUAAGUAAUAAGGGUGGGUAUGAUUUUGUUCGAAUUAGGACCACUUCAAAAUUGUACAUAAAUUUGAACUAAACGUUAAGAAAACUGUAUGAGUUAGAAUUCGAUGAGAGACACCAUACUAUAUGGAUAGCUACUUUGAAUUUCGAUGAAUAAUAGUUUAUUCUUCUAUUUAAGUAGUAAUUUCAGUGAAAGCAAAUGAAACAAAAUAACUAUUAUAACAUUCAUCAAAACAUUGAUCAACAUGUUCUGCUUCGUUCUAGUUACUGGUACAACACGACUCCAUCUAAUGUAGAACCUGUCUGCCAGGCCAAAUUCUCACACCAUUUUCAACAAUAAAUCUUGUUGAGUACAAGUUUAAACCCUCCCUUUUCUAACCUAUCCUGAAAUUCUUUCAAGUAAGAAACUAAAGCACUCAAAGGAAGAAAAAGGGUAAUUAGAGUAGAGUGUGGAUUAGGCAACAACUAAAGUCUUGGAUUAGCAUCAAGCUAGUGUUGUAGCCUUAUAGGGAGCCACUGGCUCUCUCCCUUGGGCAGCUAGCUACAUGUUUAAGCUUAUUGGUCAAAUUUUGCAGUUACCAAGACAUAGUAGAACCAAAUGGUUGAAAAUUUUCCCACAAGUGGCUACCAUUAACAUAAGAGCUAUGUGUAUGUAGUCUUUGGCUUUCUGCCAUUCUAUUUGUUUGUUUAUGAUAAUUUUCAUGAUUUCUUCUCUUGAUUGCUUCAAUCAUUGGAAAAGCAAAUGUUGUCUGUAAGUGCAGAACCCUAACAAAGGUCAACACCACAGGACUCCCUAACCAAUUUCUCCUACAAAGACAACAAACUUAGCAAUCCAAUGUUGUUGCAUUGUAGAAGGAGGAACAUGUCUUUUAUUAAGAGCAUAGGAUGACAUUGUGAUACAUUGACCUAUUUCGAAAGAGCAGAUAUGCACUUGCUCGUAAAAGUUUUACCCGUAUAAUAUGACCUACUGAUAACCAUCGUCUUUGCUCUGACAUGACAUCGUCGAACCACAACCGGUUUAACGAGAAUAGAACCUCAAAUUCGUGAUCGGCAUUCGUCAUUUUGUGUUGACCUCUUGAUUCGAUUUCGACAAUCAUCGGCAAUCGUAUUGCAAGGUUAGCAUGAUGGUGAAAUGAUGGCCCAUUGGGUUUGGGAGUUUUUGCAUCACUAGGGAAAGAAAGUAGGAAGCAAAAA